CAACACAUCACUUCACAAUUCCUUCGCCCUGCACGAUUUCAACAGUUGCAGAACAACAACAACAACAAAUCCCUCCGAACUCUGCGGAUCCUACCUAAUCACCUGUUACACAAGUGCAUACCACGAAACCGACGCGAAUAUCCUGUCUUUGACAUAUUGUGCGACCAAAUACUAGACGUUCUCUCUUUGAAGGCAAGAACACACCUCUGACUUUGCGCCCACCUCGAACCUGCCAGAUCUUGGGAAACAAGGAAAAUCGCCUCCAAAAGAGACCCCAGUCGCCAUGGCUGAACAAGAGGAAGACUUCAGUGCAUUGCCUCUGCCUGACAGAUUUCAACAUAAGAUUUGGAAAGUGAGAAAGGCAGCAUACGAAGAUGCUGCAAAACAAUUCGAGAUUACACCUGACGAGCACGAUCCUGCAUUCCGACCAUUUUUACAAGAUCCAGGAUUAUGGAAGGGAGCAGUGGCAGAUUCAAACGUGGCAGCACAGCAAGAAGGCAUUGCGGCAUUAUGUGCAUUCCUCAAAUUCGGCGGCAGAGAAGGCUGCACAAGAACUAGAAGUCAUACCCUCACCCUACUAGUCGAAAAGGGUCUUUCCUCGACGAGAGCUGCCACAAAAGCCUCUGCAAAAGAAGCGAUAUUGCUUUACAUCGAGUUGGAUACUGCAGGCCCUGUUAUCGAGGAACUCCUACCUGUUCUGUCCAACAAACAACCCAAGAUCGUAGCGGCAACACUAGCUGCCUUAACAGCUAUUUACCACGACUACGGAUGCAAGGUUGCGGAUCCUAAGCCUGUACUCAAAAUUCUACCAAAGCCUUUUGGGCAUGCCGAUAAGAAUGUACGAGCUGAGGCUACAAAGCUGGCCGUCGAAUUUUACAGAUGGCUCAGAGAAGCCAUGAAGCCGAUGUUCUGGGGCGAGUUGAAACCUACUCAGCAAGCUGAGAUGGAGGCGCAGUUUGAGAUGGUCAAGUCAGAGCCAGCACCAAAACAAGAACGAUUAUUACGGUCACAGCAAGCCGCAAUGGCCCGUGCACCCCCACCAGGAGCUGGAGGGGCAGUCGAGGAAGAUGAAUUGGAAGAGGAAGCCGUGGAGGUCGACGCUUUCGAUUUGGCCGAACCGCAAGACGUGGUCUCAAAAGUUGCAGCAGACUUCAGUGACCAACUGGCGUCAGCGAAAUGGAAAGAGCGGAAAGACGCCCUCGAAGCCCUUUAUGGAGUCCUCAAUGUUCCUCGAAUCAAGGACGGGGACUUUGGCGAGAUCGCUCGUGGGCUUGCAAAAAGCAUGAAGGACGCCAACAUUGCGGUUGUUACCCAGGCUGCCCAGUGUAUCGAGGUUCUAGCCAAGGGACUGAGAAAGCCAUUCUCGAAAUAUCGUUCAGUCAUCAUGAGUCCUAUCCUGGAGCGGUUAAAGGAGAAAAAAGCAUCGGUGUCAGACGCCCUCGGUGCAGCUCUGGACCAGGUUUUCUUAGCAACCAGUCUAACCGAGUGUUUGGAGGAAAUUCUCGAGUUCUUAAAGCACAAGAACCCUCAAGUCAAGGAAGGGACCAUGAAAUUCUUGAUCAGAUGUUUAAAGACAACCCGAGAAGCCCCAACUAAACCCGAGGUAGCUUCCAUCGUAGAAUCAGCGAAGAAGCUCCUGUCAGAGUCAGUUGAGGUACUGCGAUCUGGCGGUGCAGAGGUGCUUGGUACCGUUAUGAAGAUCAUGGGUGAACGUGCCAUGGGACCUCAUCUUGAAGGUCUGGAUGAAAUCCGGAAGACCAAGAUCAGAGAGUAUUUUGAGACGGCGGAAGUCAAAGCAAAAGAUAAGCCAAAGCCACCUCCUCAAGCUGCCGCCCCUCGUGCAGCUCCUGCUGCUGCUGCACCCCGAAAGGUUGUUGGCAAGAAGCCAGCUGUCAAGAAACCCCCUCCAGCGCCAAGUCCUUAUGCUCAAGAAGCUCCUUUAGCACCUCAACCUACCGCAAGAAGCAUUCCAGGAUCGAAGCUUGGCGCUCCAAAACCAUCUGGCCUUGCUACACCUGGAUUGAAAGCUCCGCUAAAGAGAACACUAGCUGGACCUGGAGGAGCUGCACCCCCGAAUCUUUCGUCACCGCGACGUCCCGUAUCACAAGCACCUCCACCAGAAGAAGAACCCGCUCCACCUCCACGAAUUGGUCUUGGACGCGGCCUUGCUGGCCGUUCUCUUGCUGCUAAAGCUCCCGCGGCUCCAGCCCCAACCUCUGUAUCACCACCACCCAGCUCUGGUCUCACUGCUGUAGAACGAGCGGAACUCGAAGAACUGCGCCUUGACAAGGAUCGUCUACUUCGACAAUCCGAUGACUUGCGCCAGGAGAGAUCGAGGCUCAACUCAGAAGUGCAAGAGUUGAAGAAUCAGAAUGCUCAGCUCAUUGAAGAUCACACAAGAGAUGUGCUUUCAAUCAAGGCGAAAGAGACUCAACUUGUUCGAGCGCGUUCAGAUUGCGAGGCUGCUGAAGCAAUGUGUGGACAGCUGCGAAGAGAAAUGGAGAGGCUAAAGCGUGCUCUUACAAGUGCUGAAAGAGUCAACAGCCCUCCAGCACUUUCCAGUCCAGGUCGUGACGGCACUACGGACGAGGCUGGCAUCUACCGCGAUACUGGAAUGUACGGUGGAGCACAAGACAACGGCCGACAAGCCUUCAACAACCGAGCUAGGAUGUCGUUCAAUUCUGCUCUGAGCGAAGAGAAGGAGAACACCAGUGAUGCUCUAGAUGCUCGUUACGGCCGCAGCAAGCUAAGUCCUGAUCUCGGCCGUAAUGGCCGCAAUAGUGCCGCGAGUGGUAGUGCUGGUCGAAACAGUCCUGCUCCACCACCAUAUCAAAGCUCGAGGAUGAGCAGAGAAACGAGUAAUGAUGGCACGAAAGAUGGCAAUCCCCAAGGAGUCGAGAGUUGGAAGAGAGCGGCUGAAGUCACAAGUGCGUUGAAGGCAAAGAUUGAGCAGAUGAAGGCGCGGCAAGGAAUCUCCAGACCGUGAGCGAUGUUGUAUAUUUGUGAAUAAUUUCUGGUUAGAUUCAGCAUUCUCGGCGAAGGGGCAUUGGCAUUAUUGGUGUUGUCUGUCUUUGCUUCUGGAGUUGAAGAAUGGUGCCAAGCCAAUUAUUUGUUCUUCUUAGGGAUGGCAGCAUGGGUUUUGCAUUGCCAUGGGAUACACGGUGGGGAAUAACACCCUUUAAGUAUGACGUAUGACCUUUAUGUUCUGCAGAGUUGUGUAUAGAUGCGCCUCUCUUCCAUAAUACAUUUUCCAACAAGC